UUGAUAGGAAUGUUGAAAAUGUUCACGUUAACAAAAGCUGGGAGAAGAGCAGACCAUAGCCAAGGUGUAUUAAUGAAUCUUUGUCAAUGCAAUGAAUGUAUUUUGUCAUGAUAGGCUUGACAAAAGUAUGGCAAACAAUUGUAUUAACGCAUAUUAAGGAAUUUUGGUCGUUGACAUUCAUGCAAUCUUCAUUUUUUAAAAAUCGCAAUGGCGACCUUUGAGAAAUACUUGUCUAGAACCAGACCAAACUAUAAAGAUUUUCGUGUUUUCAGACGGGGCCACAAUGAGCGAAGAGCCACCGGCCACCCCCAGUUGGCUGAGCCCCGACCCCACAGCGUGGGCCAGCGGCGGAGGGGGGCCAACGGACAACGCCAGUGUAGCGGCGACGUUCCCCGCGGAAGAGUCCCUCGCGCCCCGCCAGCUACCCCUGCUGGUCAACCCUUGGGACAUCGUCCUGUGCACGUCUGGGACUCUGAUCGCCUGCGAGAACGCUCUUGUCGUCCUGGUGAUCUGGCAGAACCCGGCUCUGCGGGCCCCCAUGUUCCUGCUCAUCGGCAGUCUGGCUUUGGCUGACCUGCUAGCCGGCCUGGGCCUGGUGCUGCACUUCACCUGUGCCUACCUGCUUCAGUCGGACUCGGCCCAGCUUCUCACAGUUGGCUUGGUGGUGGCUUCUUUCUCCGCUUCAGUCUUCAGCCUGCUGGCAAUCACCAUUGACCGUUACCUGUCGCUGUAUUACGCCCUCACCUACAACUCUGAGCGCACAGCAGCCUUCACGUACACCAUGCUGGUGCUUCUGUGGGGGCUGUCGCUGUGCUUAGGUCUGCUUCCCGUCACGGGCGUCAACUGCUUGGCGGAGGAAGCCACGUGCAGCGUGGUGCGCCCGCUCACCAAGAACAACAUCGCCGUGCUGUCCGUUUCCUUCCUGCUCCUGUUCGGCCUCAUGCUGCAGCUCUACGUGCAGAUCUGCAAGAUCGUGAUGCGCCACGCCCAUCAAAUUGCCCUGCAACACCACUUCCUGGCUGCCUCGCCACAUUACGUCACCACACGGAAGGGCGUCUCUACGUUGGCUAUCAUCCUAGGGACCUUCGCCGCUUGCUGGAUGCCCUUCACAGUCUACUCGCUUAUUGCCGACUACACAUACCCUCCGCUAUACACCUACGCCACCUUGGUUCCAGCUACCUACAACUCCGUCAUAAACCCGGUUAUCUACGCCUUCCGGAAUCAGGAGAUCCAGAAGGCGCUGUGGAUGGUGUGCUGCGGAUGCAUCCCCGCCAGCGUAGCACAGCGGGCGCGGACUCCCAGCGACGUCUAAACCCAGUGGACAGACCGUUUGGGAUUUGAGAAAGAAGGAGGGGCGCCCCACGGUUGGUUUUCACAGAGGGGCUGACUGACCUGGGUCGGAUUUGACAGAAGGGUUGGUUGACCUAAGUGAGUUUUGAGAAAGGGUAGCGCCCCUGUGUAGGAGCCAAUUGACUGGAGGGUUUUCAGAAAAAGAAAAGGGUCUCACAAAGGGUUAGAUUGACCUAAGUGAGAUUUUAGAGAGGUUGGUGCCCAGGGUUGGUUCACCUGAGAAAGGGUGGCGCCCCUGUGUGGGAGCCAACUAACAGGUGGGUUGAUUCACCUUGGUGGGGUUUGACAGAGGUUAGUUGAAAACAAUGGGUGAACAGAUCUGGGUGGAGUUUCAGAGUGUGGUGCCCCUGGGUUUGAACAAAAUGACCUGGUUGGAACUAGAGAGAGGGGGCUACUCCUAGGCAAGUUUUGAUAGAGCGUCACCCCUCGGUAGGUUUUGAGAAGGAAAACCCUGGUUUGGUUAACACAGAUGGGAGAAGCAGAAGCACCUGGGUGGGUCCGUCUGAGUGGGCUUGAGAGGGUGAAGGCAACGCUGGGUUGGAACUAACUGACCUGGGUGGGUUUCCAGAGAAGAUAUUGGUCUACCUUGGGAUGUUUUGAAAAUAAUAAACAGACCUGGGUAGGUUUUGAGAGAGGGGCUCAUCCCAGGGUGGACCACUGAGAAGGUUAAUGCAAAUUGAGAAGGGUGAGUUUUGACAGAAGUCACCCCAGGGCACAGGAGUUAGCCAGGUGGCCGGUGGUGUUUUGUCAUCAUCACACGAGGUUUUUUUUACCUCUGUCUUCCUCACUUGAAGCGGCCAUGUUGCAUGCUGCCCACCAUUCUGUCCGCCCUUUUUGGUGCCCCGCCCUUGCUCCGCUCUGCAGAGGAUGCACAUCACAUGUUCCCGCGCGGUGAGCAACGCAGCCUGGACUGCCACGUGUUCGUCCUUUGGGAUUAUUGGUUGCUCAAAAGGCAGAUUAAAAACCAGGCAGACGACGACAACGAGCACGCAGGCCUUUUUUUUUUCCUCCCCCUCCCAGCAGCAAAGUCUAGAGCAGCAUCCAUCCCCGCCCGCCCGCCACCCACCCACCCCGAACGUGCGUGGCAAGCUAAAGAGGUGCGGCGUGCUAAAAAUAGAUGCCGGCUUCUCUUGUGGAAAUGAGGAGACCUCGCCACUCUUCUUGUCUUUUACUGGAUUCUUGUGCGUGAAUGUGUUCAACUCCACCAUACUGAUGAAAACCCUCCGCCACUCAUGGGAGACCCAUUGCCUCCCCCCCAUCUUAAUCGUUACAUCACUGGAGGCUAUAAUAUAUCAUCCAUCCACCUCACUUAUAAUUGCUUCAUUUCUGAAUGCUGACACAUUUGAAGUUUGCAUUACAGUCCAGGCAAGAGAAUUCCACCAUUUUGUUACUAGGGUGGCUAUAGAACCAUGUGACUUCUCACAGCAAACCAGCUCAAUGGAAAUAUGAUAAAAAGAUUAACUCGUUAUCAUUGCCAAAUUCGAUUGCCCGUUUUUGUUUUUUUACGAUGUAUAAAAUUAAUACAAAAUUAUCUAGGGUUGACAUGGUGAUUUCCCCGUAUUCCAAUAAGUGCUCUAUAAAGGUUUUCAAAAAGAAUACAGCUACUGUAUGCGCCCUAAUGGAGUCAUUAUAAAAAUGGUGCAUCUGCUUUUAGGACGUUAAAGAGCUCCCGACCGUAUUUUUUUUUUUAUGUUGUCAGCAAUAACUAACCUUUGGACGGUAGUUAUUUUCUAAGAGACGAAGCAAUACUCAGACAGCAAUAACAUCCAAACACCCUUACUGUGAUUUCUUCCCGCAGAGUGAACACUAUGAAGGAGCAAGCAAAUGUGAUGCAUGGAAAAAAAAAAAAAAAAAAAAAAAGGCUUCAUGGAUGGAUUUUCAUUUGUUGCUUUGUCAAUGUGAGCUCAUACAAUGAAGUAAAUUAGUUAUCUAUUUUUGGUUUAAACUUGGAACAAGGUCAAAAAAAUGAAUUCUAACAAAGCCCAUUGAGUAGCAUCUCAAAUUAAAGCCUAUAAUGGAGGCUUUUCAUAACUAUUUUCUUAAUAUGCCUUCAUAUGAUUACCGUAUUUUUCGGACUAUAAAUGGCAGUUUUUUUUAAUAGUUUGGCUGGGGCGACUUAUGUGUGAAAUUAUUAGCACAUUAUGAUAUCAUUUCACAUGUUAUUUUGGUGUUUUGGAGUAACACUGAUGGUUUGGUAAACUUGUCAGCAUGUUCUUUAUGCUAUAGUUAUCUGAAUAACUCUUAAUAUAGCUAUGUUACGUUAACGUACUGGCCACGUUUGCAUUUCGUUGUUCAUGCAUCAUGUAACAUCAUACCAUACACUUCUUCAACAUGUUGUUCUCUAUUAUAUUUUUAUUUUAAAUUGCCUUUCAUGAUGACAUAUCUGUUCUAUAUGUUGUAUUUUAUCAAGUAAAUUUCCCCCCAAAAUUCGACUUAUACUCCGGUGCAACUUAUAUUUUUUCCUCUUCGUUGGGCAUUUUAUGGCUGGUGCGACUUAUACUCAGGUGCGACUAAUAGUCCGAAAAAUACGGUACAUAUCGAUUUGUUUAGGUGGGAAUUGAUGUUCAGAAGAAUAUGAAAAUCAACAAACUACACAGAGUAGUAGCUUAGACUACAGUCUGUGAAAAGGCCUUUCUCAAUCUGUAUUUAUUUAGUUCAGAUAAAUUAAAUUUGGUAAUCAGCCGAUUCGACAUUGCAGUGCUAACUUCUCCAAUAAAAAUUUUUUAAAAAAUGAAUUCCGACAAACCCCAUCGAGUAGUACCUCAAACUACAGCCCAUAAUGCGAUUUAUAAUGAUUUCUAACUAUUUUGUUAAUAUAACUUCAUAUUAUUAUAUAAUCAGAUGUUUUAUGGUUUCAAUGUUCCUAUCAACAAGGUCAAAAAACAAUUGUAACAAACCCCAUCGAGUAGCAUCUCAAACUACAGUCCAUAAUGAGGGCUUUCUCGAUCUGUAGUCAUUUUGCUAAAAUUACCUCACGAUUAUGUCAUCAUAUGAUUUAAUGUCAUGGUUUAGACAAAGAGGUCAAAAAACUAAUUGCAACCAACCCCAUUGAAUAGUACCUCAAAUUACAGGCCGUAAUUAGGGCUUUCACAAUGUACUCAUAUUAUGAUGACAAAGACUAAUAUGUCUUAUCAAUGAAAUGAAUAUAUCAGCACAACAUGCAUCUUAUCACAAAUAUGUCAUAUCAAGUGAGAUGUACGCCCUACAUAUUUUGUCGUCGCUUUCCUGAGCUGCCCCAGUUGUUGUGACCUCAAGUGUCUUUCGUGUAUGUUUGUCGUGCUCUGAGUUGCAUGGCUGCAUGUGGUCUCCUCAACUGAGGAGUAUGUCGCUACAUUACACUUGGAUCUUUACCUUUUCGUGGAUGCUGCUGCUGCCAGUCUUCCUUGUCCAUCCAGAAAGAAUCCCACAACGUUUUUUGUGCUCCACCGCAUGCUGCCGCGACGUCAUCGGACUAAAAAGCGACGCUACUUGAAGCCAAAGCGAAAGAAGGAUCGAUUAAAUCAGCGGAAGUCCGUUAAGUGACCUCUGAAUGAUCUUAUGAGCUAAAUGGGGCCACAUCCGAAUGAUCUUGGAAGACUUUCGGAGCGUGGCCCCAAUCUGUGUUGACAUCACAACAACAGCAACAACAAAAAAAGUCUAUUUUGUUAUAUUCAUUGAAAAGUUCUAUUUUUUUCGGCUUGAAUUCCUUAUGUUGUACGAUGAUAUCACGGCGCUGUAAAAGCCUUUUUUCCUGAAUGUAGUGACACACAAAUUGUUUUUUUCUUGAACUAUGUUGUGUAAAUAAUAUUACUAUAAUACUAAGGCAUGCUUUCCAAAUGGGGGGACUUUACCACCGUGCAUGGUGCUACCAAAGCAGUCACUCUUAAUGAAAGGAGUUGGGUCGCACCACUUUUUUGCCCCUCUGGUACAGUGUCGAGUUUCCCCGAAAAGGGUGUGAAAAAGGGCUUUUGUAUCCAAGAAUAGCAAAAGACAGUCACACUUAUCUGUGACACACAAACAGUGAAAGUGAUUGUAAAUCCAAGGAGGGGCUGGAAGUGAUUCGAGCUAACUAACCCGACAGUCAAGGGGGCCUGUGAAUGUCUGGGGGGAGGGGUUGCCACAGUAAGAGCAUCAUGUGUUGUUUUUCAAUGUGAAAUGCACUUUAUUGUCGUUUUUUUGGCGGGUGGAGGGUGCUGAGGGAUCACGAUGGCACAAUUGAAGUAUCUGCAAAAUGAGAAUCAACAUGCACUAAUUUAACUGUAAAAAAAACAACAACAAAAAACAUUUGUGUGAUGUGUGUGCUGUCUAUUUUUCCAAAGUGUUCUAGUUGUACUUUUUAUUGCUUUGGUUAGUUAAUUUUCUAUUAAAAAGAACCACGCAAACAAACAUGCUGUGCAUAUGACGCCCGCCUCGCCUGUUUUGUUCUCCCCCCCUUCUGUGCUCAAUCCGGUUGCCGUGGCAACUCGGCUCCCGUCGCUAUGGAAACAGGGGAGCCAGGUACAGUACGCGUGACGACAGUGAGGAAACUUGCCAGCCGUGUGCUCCAUUCAUGUUUUUUUUUUAUUACUCUCUGGGGUUACAAAGCUCAUUCUAGACCGUAUACAUGACACAGCCUCAACACUCGAUCAUUUUUAGCACAUUUACUUCCUGUUCAUUGUCUACAGCAGGGCUGGGCAACCUCUUUCCCCCCCCAUUAGGUACACAACUAUGCGUGGAGCCAUUUUAGAGUCAUUCUGGACAUUUCCAAAGGUCUAUUAAAGCUCAACUACUCCUGUUUUACCGUAUUUUCCAUUUGGUAAAUAAACCCCUGAAGAUAGUUUCACUUAGCAACAUGAAAUUUGGUAGACAUGUCUAUUAUAAGUAGACACACCAAAAAGUCUCUAGAGGUAAUUACUGAAAAGACACACGAAGGCUGCCAUUUUCAUGUAAAGCAGCAAGAUGCAAUUUAGUUGUAUGAUUGUGGACUGUUUUUUGUAUUUAAAAAUUCCGACAGUUUCUCUUACCAACAUGAAAUUUGGUAGACAUGUCUAUCAUGAGUAAACCCACAAAAACUUUUAGGAGGUCAUAUCCAAAAAUACACAGGAACUGUAAUAUUUUUUAAGCAUAAUUAGGUCGCUUUUGGUAAAUUUCCGAAACCUCUUUAAAGACAAAUUUUGAUUAAAAAGUUUUUUUGUUUGAAGUGGUUAAUUCAGGAUGCUUUUGGGAAAUGUUUUAAGAAUUGAGGUCACACUUUCACUUAGCAACCUGAAAUUUGGUAGACAUCUUUAUCAUGAGUAGCUCCACCAAAAAGCAUGCCUGAAAAGAAGUCUUUCAUUUGGUCAAAUUUCACACUCCCGAGAUUUCAGAGAACAGGACUGUACUAACUCACCUCGACAAGGUCAGAAUCGACCAAGUGUCCUAAGAUUCAUAUGCGCCCUCUACUGGCCAAACUGUACAGAUGCAACAACUCGUGAUUUUCUUCAAAUCCUCAGUCCUCAGUAGGUUGCCCACCCCUGCUCUAUCUGGUGAUCUAUAAUAUCAUGUUGAGUAAAAAAAGGAAGGGAUUAGCUCAAGAGGAACUUCUCUAGUUGAAUCUAACACUUUCAAAUGUGGCAUAUACAUCAAAUUAUACAUGACAUGUGAGUGUCGCAUUACAACAGGUACAGCAGGGGCACUCACGGCGCUCGAAAAGCAUCCAGCAAGACGUGAAGGUUGCAGGAAGUGGUCAUUGGUUACAGUAUAUUGACUUUACAGUGUUUGUUGCAGAUCGUGGACCCUUCAUCUUACAAAGCGUGUAAUUGUGUUUGUGUCUGUGUGCGCUUCAGUCGGACCAGUCGUUAUCCUCAAGUUCCGAGUCGUCCUCGGAGUCCGAGUAUUCCACCGCGAU